CCGGGCCUACUCUUGCAUACGCACACCUUCAGGCAGCUCAGCUGAUCACUGUUGGAAGCCGAGCAGCCGCUUGGGUACAAGAUCUCAUGCUCGACCUCCACAGUAUCGAGCAAAGAGUCUACACAUUAGCUUGUGAGCUGCUAUUUAAGCCGGCCACAUUUGCGAACACUCAUGAAGAUCAAUGGUGUGAGCGAACUCUAGAUGGUAGUGUUGUUCGAAGUAGGUUCCAGUGGUUU